AUGGACGAGAAUUACAUCCCAGAGUCCUGUUCACCUCUAGAUGACAAUGUGCCGGCAAUGCCAGUUCGGGUGGCCUUAGCGAGCUGCGUGGAGUUCAGCGCAGCCGUGCAUGCACGCUCGCGCCUGCUGUGGGAAUGGCGCCAAAAUUACGGGCGGUUGGUACGAGACCGCGAGGGGUGCCCGGACAGCUGCUAUUUUGAGAAGCGAUCCAUCCACAAGAAGCGGGCGAAGAAAGCCAAGAACCGCCUCGGUAUCCAGAGAAAGAGCAGAAAGGCAUCCCAUGAAGAAUUCAAAAUAAGCGGCUGUUGCGUCAUUGCUGCAGUCACAGGGAAACGCUCCUUAGUGGACAUCACCGGCCUCCAAGAAUACGAAGAGAGGAAUGAAGCCAAUCCCGAAGACGGCUUCGAGUGGAGCGACGUGGGUAAGGAAGAUGAGGAAUAG